AUGGACCAGGAAGCGGCAGAUGCCCGCCGGUUCUCCAUGCACAAGUCCGUCACCUCCCUGUGCAGCCUGGAGACCAUCACGGAGGAGCCGGCCUCCUCUCAGGACCGGCCGGACCCACAGGAGCCGGCGCCCCUGCCUCCCGCCGGACACCGGCCGGAGGGAUGCGGACCCCUUCCCGGACCUGGAAUGGGCAGAGCCGGACCUGGGCCGGAGGGCUGGACGGGACCCCCAACCGCCCAACGGGAGGAGAAGGGCCCGGAGGCCGGCCUCUCCUCGGGGCCCGGCCGGGGCUGGACCGGGGGAAGGGGUGGCCCGGGGGCUGACCCCCGGCCUUCAGAGGUCAUCCAGGCCCGCCGGCCCCCCGCCCCGCAGGUCAGGAGGGCCAAGAGUGAGGGCCAGGUGACCUGUGACCCCUCGCUGGCCGCCGCCAUCCAUUACUCGGACGUCACGGGCUGUGACCGCCUCUGGUGCAAGCUGGACCCCGCCAGCCCCCGCGACAGCCUGUCCUCGUCGUCCAGCAUGUCCUCCAACGACACCGUCAUCGACCUCUCGCUGCCCAACCUGACCCGCCGCAGCCUGCCGUGCCUCGGCCCGGGCCACGAGCCCCCAGACGGUCCCCCCGGACGGAGGGCCCCCCCGAGGCCCCUCUCGGCCACGGCGGAAGGACAACAGGACCCGCCGCCGGUCACCAAGAGCAAGUCCAAUCCCAACCUGAGGUCCGCAGAGCCGCCCCCGGCCCCUGCCCCUCCGCGGAGACCCUCGUGGGGCCGCCUUUACCUGCAGGGACUCCACGGGGCCUGGUCCCUUUCUGGCCCCGCCGUCCAGCCCCCCAAGUCCAAGAGCCUGGGCGACCUGACGUCGGACGACUUUGUGCCGAGGCCCAGCGGCGUGGGCCGCGGCGUGCUGCGCAGCGUGGGCCGUGGCUUGGGCCCGCGCCCGGCCCGACGGCAGGACCGGCUGACGGAGCAGCUGCGGAGGCUCACGGCCUUCCAGACGGCAGGAGACAUCACCUCGCCCACCAGCCUGGACCCGGCCGGGGACGUGGAGGAGGUGAUGGAGGAGAAAGAGGAGGAGGAGGAGGAAGGGGCAGCGGGGCCAGGCGUCCCCUUCCUCCGCCGGUCCUCGUCCCGCAGCCAGAGCCGGGUCCGCUCCAUUGCCCAGAGGGCUCGCCAGGCCCAGGAGCGCCAACGCCGACAGCGCCUCAAUGGAGGCCAUGGAGCCCUCCUGGAGGAACGGGGCAACCCAGAGGGGGCUUGUUCUGUGUCCCGGGGGGUCUGCGCCGACCUGGGCCUCACCGGCCACUUUGCCUCCCUGCCCAAGUCCUCUCUGGGCCUCACUCGGGACUCGGACGACCCCUUCAUAUGGAAACUCUGAUGUCUCGGCUGGCUUGCCCAGGGGGCAAACCCGGGGUGUGGGGGAAGGGGCCGGGCCUCUGUUCUGCGCUUCUCCUCACUCCUGGACUUGAUGUCCAGGGCGCAUUCCCCCCGCCCCUUAGCCACCUCUGCGCCCUCCACAUUAGGACAGAGAUCUCUUGCAGGAUCUCUGAGGGGGUGGGAGGCGGGCAGCUGGAGAUCCCUUCUGGCCUGCACGCCAAGACCGAUCCUCCCCUGGCCCCAUGCCUCUCUGAGAGCCGGCCAGACCCCUCCGAGAGGCUGAAAGCCUCCAAGUAGGCUCCAGUCUCUCUACCCUGCUCUCCCAGUGGGGUCUUCCCUCCCAGCAGCCGGGUGGCCCUUGGGACCCCGGCUUCCAAGCCCCCCACCCUCACCGGGCCAUGCGCUUCUCCAGAAAUGGGGCGGCCUGUCGGGACCGACUCCCGGCCUAGCUCAACCUCCGGCCGGCGGGGACAGAAUAAGGGCGACCUUCCCUGUCUGGCCAAGUCCAGCCUCCUUGGGGUCGACCUUCCCUCCCUCCUUUCCCCGUCCCCAACCCCGGACUUCUCUUUGCACUGCCACGCCAGCUGACCCGUCCGGAUUUUCCUGCUCGGGUGCCGUUUUUAGAUGAACGUCUGUGGAAUGAAUCGCGAUAAUCGAUACCUGUCCGUUUUAUAACCUUCGUUUUUAUCCCCUAUGUUCGUCCCUUACAGGAGUCGCCCACUGGGAUGGGUGGACGCUCUAUUGUGUGUCUUUUUCGGGGGGAGGGGGAUGUUUAUUGAGAUGUCAUAAAAGCCACUGUAGUUUUGGAACUAUCCCGCUGUCCCUUGUAGUCCGUCCCCUUUGGCUGGUUUGGUUUCUCUUUGUAAGACACCCCCUCCCUGUCCGGAGAUAUUUUAAAGCCUGUUUGUAAACUGUCUAACGCUUCUCCAAUAAAAGUACUCGAAGU